AUGGCUCUGGACAUUGGAGGAGAAAACUGCUUGAUGCACGGCAUUCAGGAACAGAGAGUGGGCGACAGAAGAUGUCCCCACCCCUUCUGUGUGCUUCUCUUCCUCAACAAGCAGGAUCUGCUGGCUGAGAAAUUCCUUGCUGGGAAGUCCAAGAUCGAGGAGCACUUUCCAGAAUUUGCUCACUACACUACUCCUGAGGCUGCUGCUCCUGAGCCCGGAGAGGACCCCCGCGCCACCCGGGCCAAGUACUUCAUCCGUGACAAGUUUCUGAACAUCGUCAAUGCUGUAGGCGGUGAGGACCGCCACUGCUACCCUCAGUUCACCUGUGCUAUGGACAGCGAGAACAUCCGGGGAGUGUUCAGCGAGUGCGCCAGGCUGCUCCAGGGCACCCGUGGUGUAAGCAGCUGCUUUUAGGAGGGAACUGUGCUCCAAUUAUGGUGUAAGCUCAAUUCAUUUUUGCAAA